CUACACACCAUAUCUCUUUUUAGCCCGACAGACACAAUGACUCUUCUCAACUUUGUCUCCAUUGUACUUAUAGCAACCAUGCUGACCACAGCUUCAGCUCAAGGUGGGAUCGCAAGUUGUUGUCGCAAAACUUCAAGCCGUCAAUUCCACCGAGACCUUCUGAAGAGUUACUAUGUUCAAGAACAGCCGGCGUGUCCUCUACAAGUAGUUGUCUUCACCACGCUCAAAGGCAAAAAGAUCUGCUCUGACCCAACCAGUCUGUGGACAAAGACGAGCAUGGCCUACCUGGAUGGAAAGAAUUGGCAAAUGCAGAAAUUGACCUCACAGCGCAGCCACCACUGAACCAGCGUCCACCCUCAUGCUGAGAAAAAGACCACUGAGUUAUUUAAAAAAGUAGUUGAAUUAAUUUGAAUAUGAUACUAUAUAUGCUUUUCUAUCUGAUUUUUAAUUCUAUGAUGUUUAUCUGAU